GUUGAUUUUAGGUUUGAAUUCAUCAACAUUGUUCAUUUUCAUUUUUGUUUGUUUAUUAUUUAUUUAAUGCCCAAACUUAGAUUUGCAAAUUAAGUUUGCAUUGUUUAUAAUGACUGUGGGAGAUGCAAAUAAAAAUUUACCCUGGGUAGAGAAAUACAGACCAUCAAAGUUAGAAGAUUUGGUGUCUCACGAUGAUAUUAUUAAAACAAUUAGUCAGUUCAUGAAGGAAAAUCAAUUACCACAUCUAUUAUUUUACGGACCACCAGGUACUGGAAAGACAUCAACAAUUUUAGCUUGUGCCAAACAAAUGUACACACCCCAGCAAUUCAAUUCUAUGGUGCUUGAAUUAAAUGCAUCGGAUGACAGAGGAAUUGGAAUUGUGAGGGGUCAAAUUCUCAGUUUUGCUUCAACUAGAACAAUAUUUAAGGCUGGACCAAAGUUAAUUAUAUUAGAUGAAGCAGAUGCGAUGACAAACGAUGCUCAAAAUGCUCUCAGAAGAAGUAAGUAAUCAUCAAUUCACUGAUAUAUUAUAUAAUAACUAUGUAUAAAAGUAAAUAUUCCCAUUGAAUGUUAUUAAUAUGGUACUACUGGUUAUGAAGUAACAGUUAUGAACUUUGCUGACAGUUUAUGUUAGGUAUGUUUUAAUUUUAAAACAGUGCUAUCUAUUGUAAAAUGCAAGUAAUAUAUUAUUCCUUUAGUUACUAAUAAAUUCAUUAUGUCAUUUAAAUAGUUGGGUCGGCUUGAGUAUUUCUUAUUGUACUAUCACUAGGUUUAGGCAGGCCUUUAUUAUUGUUGCUACCUGCGUAUCGUAAAUACCUACAAUCGCGCGAAACCUCAGGUUACAUACGAGCCAGGGCUAGCGCGUUUUCGACGUACAACGUACUUGUGAAUUUUAAAGUUUUUUUUUACUAAAUAUAUUUUUUUUGCUUAUUAUUUGUAUACUUGUAUAAAUAUUUUUGUUUAUUGUUUAGUAUAUUUAGUAAUAGCAAAAAUUGUUGUAUAAGUUUUAGUGUAAUUUAGGUAUAUGUAUAUUAUAGAAAAUACACUCAUUAAAAAUUUAGAAAACAUAAUAACGAAAAAACAACAAAUAAUUUACUCAAAUUAUUAACUAAUACAUAUUAAUUUUAUCACUGCAUGUCCAUGUUUUCCAUCCCAGUAUUUACUUAAAUUAUACGUCAGAUUUAACAGAUUUAAAACAGCUUACAUUCGUUAUGUUACACAAUUGACUAUAUAAAUCAUAUUAGAAAAAGCUCAGUAGCGAUCACAUCGAAUUAUUAUUAUCGCUAAUAAAGCUUGGCGUGCUCAGCAGAGCGGGACAGUAUUUCACGCCGGCACACCGCUUGCGCAGUCGUUUGAAAAUAUAGUACUACAACUUUACAAGGCGCAGGUUCGGCCUCACAUGGAAUACUGUUCCCAUCUCUGGGCAGGGGCUCCCCAGUGCCAGAUCCUUCCACUAGACCGCAUUCAGCGCAGAGCGGUUCGAAUCGUCGACGACAGAGUUCUUUCCGAUCGGCUUGACUCACUGGCACUGCGUAGAGAUGUUGCAUCUCCUUGCGUAUUUUAUCGCAUCUACAUAUUACGGGGAGUGCUCUGAGGAAUUGUUCGGACUAAUUCCAGCCGCUCAAUUUCACCAUCGCACAUCGCGAUAAAACUCGCGAUACCAUCCAUACCUACUCGGCGGUUCAUCACUGUGCGAUUUAGAAGUUUUCUUCCUCGCACAACUUCCUUGUGGAAUCGAUUACCACCAGCGAUUUUUCCGGACUGAUACGACUUAGGGCAAGAAAAGAGCCUACUCCUUUUUAAAAGGUCGGCAACGCAUCUGCAAUUCCCCUGGUGUUGCAGCUGUUCAUGGGCGGCGGUAGUCACUUACCAUCAGGUGAACCGCAUGCUCGUUUGCCCCUCUUCUAUUAAAAAAAAUAUUAUAAUAAUUCCUGAAUAUUACAGUAACAACCCUUUUUAUACAAUCUUUGCUUAAUUAAAGUUUGGACAUUUGUAUGUUUUAAGGCACAUGCAGUGCCCCAAGAAUAUCCCUGUGGAGUGGAGUGACUGGUAAUGCUACCUUGUGUCUCUGUAGUAUUUAUAAAAUGAAUAUCACUUAUUUUUUAAAACUACUCUUAUCAGGGACAUGUUGACUAGGAACUGAAGAAAAUCUUAAGAUCCAAAUGUUCCUUAAGUUACAGCAUAGCCAAAUAAUCUUCAAUCCUCUUAUCAACAUUACAGCCCUUCACAAGUCCACUACUGAAUGUAAUCCUUUCCCAAGGAAUGUCACAGAGCACAGUUCUGAGCCACUUGCAUACAUCGACUUCCUGCAUCGCUUAACAGGUCGUCACUCCAUCAAAUCUGUGUGUGUGUGUGAGCGUGUGUGUGUGUGUGUGUGUGUGGGUGGGGGGGGGGGCAUACUAUGAACCUACACUCCGCUAACCGGCACAAGGCUGCCAUUAGAGUACCUUUCUUCCCCGUCGGUUCUCGGUUCUUCGAGCUAUAUGGACUCCUCUUUGUCACUUCAGCCUACUGAUUCGUUGGACUGUCGGUUACUCGGUUAUACUGUGUACGUGGUAGAGUCAUGCUGCAACUAUGUUAUGAUUGAAGCACGGUUGAGUUGGCAACGAAGACCGACGAAGAAGCAACUUAAUGCUGCUGUGUUUCGUAUGGUGAGUGUAGAAAGCCGGAGACCCUUUUACUGGAUACGAGACAAUCUAUUCUUGUCCUCAAGGGUGACGUGCAGUUUCAUUCUUAACCGAGGAAAAUUGAGGAAUAGGAAAUGUAGAUGUCUAUGGGCCAUAGUACCCACUUACCAUCAUCUGUGUUCUCGUUUGUCACACUUAUGUCACACAUAUCUAUAAAAAAAACUGCGGAUAUCCUCAUUUUGAAGUCCAUCACGUAGAGAACUCUGAGCAUAUCCCUCUAUAGUUCGCUGAGCGAAAUUGUGCUUCCUUAUUAAAGCAGUGAAGGACCAUGCCUUAGACCCAUAUGUCCUGGCAACACGCACUGGACAAUUUUUUGUUUCAUGUUUUUAUAUACGACAAAUAUUCCUUUAGCUGAUGAAUAUUAUUGGAUACUAAAAUGUUGUAUACUUUUCAAAAGAGAGCCUCGUAUCGUUAUAAAAUCUUCGGCAGUAGCCGCUAUUUUUUUUUGCGUUAAUUUACUCUCGCUAUUAAUAAGGUAAAGAAAAAAAAAACAAUAAUGUGACGUUUUACCCCGCGUAUAAUCCUGAGCCUAAGUUAGUUUUUUUCUUGUUUUUUAAACUUCAUAGCGUGGUUUCACGUUGUAAAACAGUUGAAUUACAAAGAAAUAGAAACAGUCGUGAGAACUAGCACAUUCUACGAGGAUGUUAGUACCUUUCCGCAUUAAAUGUUCCAUAGCGUGGUACUUAUAAUAUUUGUUUACGAAAUACGGCCUGUUUGGUUGCUAUGGUACCACCAAAAUUCUGCCUUAUUAAUUUUAAUGUAAAACGUGUUUAUUUAACUAAAUAAAAGUUUCUUUACUAAAUGCGCUAAAGCUUUUCAUUAAUAUUUUCAAUAGGAGUAUACAAUGUGAUGUGUUAAAUUAAUAUAACUUAUUAGGUUAAUGCAAAAUGCAUUAGGAAAUUAAAAAUAAAUGUAUAUUUACUCACAUAAAUGAACGCCCAUAAAGAACAACAUGUCUGAUAUAGAGGAAGAAGAAAUUCAGAAUAGAACAAUAAAAAUUACGGUCCUUGGUGAACCGUGUACCGGAAAAGUAAGUCAUUACAUACUUUCUGUAUGGUUUUCUAAUAAUUUUUGUUCAAGAAAUGAAUUCAUUUAUUUUUUGUUUUAGAGCAGUCUGUGUCAUCGAUAUUUAGGAACGAAUGAAACCAAUGUACCGAGCGGUAGUACUCAGGGGGCUGAAGUGCUGGCAGGGCAGUGUCUAGGACUUCGCCCUCCAGUUUCCAUACACUUGUGUGACGUAUCAGGCAACACACUUUCUACUUGUAUGCUCAGAAACUACUUGUACGCUUCUGAUAUAGUUCUAUUUGUAUAUGACUUAUCAAAUUUACAAAGUUUCGAAAAUUUGAAUACGUGGAUACUGUCUGUGAAAGAAAUUUUCGAACAAGAACAAAAGAAACCUCUGAUGGCAUUGUUUGGAAAUAAAUCAGACUUGGAACAUCAGAGAGCUGUUCGGCUCUCGUGCGUAAAAAAGUUUGCUUCAAAAUAUUUACUGGAGAAUUUCAAAGGAUCAGCUAGAACUGGAGAAAUGGUUAACCACACAUUCACGAACCUUAUUGCUCGUGUAUUAGGUCCCCAAGUUCAACUCCUGCAAACAGUAAGCUUGAAGGCUGAUACAAAUGUGUCCGAGCAGCCUAAUGAUCACUCGCCGCAGUUGGAUGGAAUACCGACGUCACCUCUCAUUAUGAACCGAAAGACUCUGAGAAGACUACAGCGAAAAGCAUCUUCAUCCGUUUGUUGUAUUCAAUAACAAUAAAUUUUA